AUGAGCAAAAACACCUUGAACGCUACUUCGCUCGAGACGCUGCUGGAGGAAUCAAGAAGUUCCGGAGGUUCCGGAUCACCCGUGAGUGCCGGGUCUCAGCCAACGCAGCAACACGGCCAAAAGCUUCGAGGGAAAAUGGAAAGUUAUCCGGAGCCCAACGUUAACUUUGUUAGUGCCAACAGUAGCAGCGGGGGCAGUAGCAAGACCAUUGGACUCGGCAUAGCACGUCGUCCCAGCGACAAUUUGUUGAUGAAUUUAGCACAAGAACAGCAGCAGCAUUCGGGUACGAUGCCUCAACCACCUUCGCGUAAAAAACUCAUCUCGAGCCAAGAACGCCCGUUGUCCAACGAUUCAAUCGUCACCCAAAACUCCAACAUUUUUUCAUCCAGCACCAGCUCCACGGCGUGGUCGUCUAACGACAGCUCGCGUGGCUCGUCUAUUAUCGACGAUCUGACCACUGAAAAUGUUAAGCGCGUCGGGGAAGAGGUAUCUUUUGCCGAGACUGAUGGUGAAUCGACUAUUGAUCUAACGUCUACAGCUGCAUCGGAAUAUUCGGCAUCAACUCAGCAGAACCUGGCAUCUCAUAUACACAAACAGCCCCAGAAUACGCAGCAGCAGCCAUCUAAGACCAGAUACAUGUUCACCAAUAGUUCGCUGGCGCGUUCGCAAACGUCUUUUUCUUCCAGCAAUCCUUCUCCCCUGAAAAAUAACUUCAGCCGGCACUCAGCUCCCAACAGACUGUUCUCUAAGUCAACGUCCGCGCUAUCUCAACAGCAGCAAAGGCCACAACAACAGAGUACACAACCGGCUGUUCUGACUCCUUCUCAAAGAUAUCGCCUGCGAAGAGAACAAAAUAAAACUGCUUUACAAAAUUCCAUCAAACAAAAAGAAAAGUAUUACGACGAGCAGGAGACACUUCCCUCCAGUCCUUAUUCCCAAGCAGAUAUCAAUGAAAAUUUUAUCUGGAACAUACCCGCAGCUUCCAAUAGCACGAACUCAUUUCUCAUGUCCUUGAAACCGCCGCCGAUGAAAAAAUCGCAAUCGAAACAGAAAAUUGGCUUUUCCAGAUCAUCAUCUCAAAAUUCAGCAUUAUCCAGCGAGUCGGGCCAGUAUUUGGAUUACAGCGAAAUGCCUCCGAUGCCAAUAGCGGGCCUGAGUAGUACAUCGGAUUUCCAGAAUUUCCAGCAAACGUCGGAGAAUCUGUCAUCGGUCUACCAGCACUCGUCUAGUAAGUUUUCUAAAAGUAAACUUUGGGAACGUACCAGUUCCAUGGAGGUGUUACCAUUACAGUUUAAAUCAGCAAGCGACGAAGGAAUGGAAGAUUUGAGACUUGUUUCAGAGGACAAAGUCCAAUUGUGUAGUCCGUCAAGGCCCACAUGGUUACCUCCCAAGGCUGAAAUCGAACGAAAAAGCCACGAGGAAAAGAUCAACAAGACCAUGAGCAUGGCGUCUUUGGAUCAAUUGGAGAGAAGCCGAGGACGCGAAGAGGCUCUGGUGAGAGAUGAAACCAAUCGACAAAAGGUCGUGCUUCUGUUGGACAGGGGUAUUUCGAGGCAAUCUUCCUUACGCGAUCUCAAAAAAAUUGUGUGGGACACACCGUUAGUAUGUGAUAUUCGUGGUGAUGUUUACGAUAUCUUGCUGCAAAGCGAUGCCCGAAUUAUCAGUCAAUUUUACAUUCAACCUUUUGACAAAAUUUCAAAGGUGAUGGAAUCGAUGCACUUUCCUAGGGGCAAACACAUCGAGAUAGAGAAACUCAUAUCCAAAAUUCCCGGAGCACGUCCACACAGCCGAUCUGAAAACUUAAUGUUGCUUCUCAAGCUGAAAUCUAUUUCCAACCAAGGUUUACUCCCUGGUGACGCUGCGUUGUUCCACCAUCUGCUAAUCGAUAAUGCGGAAUCAGACCUGGGAAAAGUGUGGGAAAUGGCCAAUCUUAUACAACUAACAUGCUUCAAUGAUAGUACGGGUGCAAAGUUUGACUCCAGAGUUGUAAGUCCGCGAGGCGUUGUGGCCAGUUAUCUAAGCAAGCAUGUUGAAUUUAAGGAUGAGUUCAAUUCAGAGUGUCUAAACAUUAAUACCUGGUGGAAUAUACUACAAUGGAUGGACCACGAAGUAUUCAUGUGGUGCCUUGACGUGAUCGUUGUGCACAAUAGUCAGCCUUACAAGAAUGCGCCGGUAGUAGCUGAAAAGCUUGCCAACCGAACCUGGGAUUUUUAUAAAUCGCAGCACGUUGUAAUAAACUACAAGGUACUAGCAUCGCUGAUGCUAAAUGUGUUGCAAAAUUAUCACUUUGGUUUUAACGACUUAAGAUCUUUGGGAGACUUGCAGGAUCAAGAAUUUCGCAUCCCCAGUGCCGUGGGCGAAUUGUUGGAUACCCAAUUCGACCGUGAAAUUUUCUUCAAAAAAUGGAGACAUUAUUACAAGAAGUUUUGA